CGACAGUAGCAGUGCCACGUCAGCAACAAUUCCACGUCAGCACUGCCACGACAAUAGCAGUACCAACGUCUGCAGUGCCCUGCCACCAUGACGGGUUCAUCAUUGGGCAUGACAGGUCAACUGGCCGGCGAGUCCAUUGACGAGUACCAUCAGCGGUUUCUAGCUCAGCUCGCACUGAUCGAGGCUGAGUCCGAGUUAGAGAAACAACACCAGGAACUGGCGAAUCUCCGACAGACAGUGCAGAACCACAAGGAUCUGCACGAGGAUGCUACACGGACACUUCAUUCCCGUGUACAGGACUUGGAGCAAGCCGCACCAAGACCAGAUGCUGGCGAGUCCAGCAGUGUACCCUCAACCCGGCAGUUGCAGCAACGAGUUGACCAUGUAGUCGCAAUGCUCGGCGACAUCAGCACCUUCGCCGCACCAGCCACCAUCAGUGAGCAGCUCGGCACCUUGCAGACCGAACUCAUGCAGCUGCACCAGCCGCCCGACAACGAUCGCAGCACCAGUGGAUCAAAGCACUACAAGAUGCCGACGUUCCAAAUCGAGAAGUUUCACGACUAUACGCAUCAGGACCCAGUCGUCUGGUGGGACGACUUUACAAGGGAGCUUGGGAUUCACGAGGUCCCCGAAUACUUGUUCAUCUCGGCGCUGUUCCUCAACGUCAAGGGUGGAUGCCACAUGGCAACCAUCUACGACGUCCAGGUCAACCAUUUAUACAAGAAGAUCUCCUGGAAAGAUAUGACGAGAGAAUGGAAGAAGCGGUUCAUCGUUGAUGACGCCCCGACGCUCGCCAUCACCCGCCUCUUCACCAUGACCCAAGGCAACACACCGAUACGGGAUUGGCUCAUGAAAUGGCAAAAGAUCGUGGCAACGCUCAAUCUCGAGUUGCCAUUUUCACAUCUGCGCCGAGACUUCUACAACCGAUCGUGUGCCGCCUUCAGCCUCGCACUGGGUGAUCGUGAGCAGUACACGACCUUUGCCGAAUUUAUCGACAAGGCGCGAGAGAUCAUCAAGACCAACCGGGCUGCUGCACAGGAGAAGUCAGCGUGGCAGCCAGCCUAUGUGAAGAAGGGAAAAUUUGGUCCACGUCCGCAGCAUGUCGCUGCAGUCCAACCGGACAACAUUGUGGAAGACCCGGCAACCACCUUAGCAUCACGUGAGGGAGAUCAGGUGGCCGUUGUCCAGCCGCGAAGCAACAACAACUCCCGUGGAAAAGGGAAGGCGAAAACCGCAUUGCCAGCCAGAAACGGACAGCCAGCACCACGGGUCAAGUUUAACUUGACUAAGGCAGAAUACAAGUGGCGCAGCCGAAUCGCCGCACCAUUGACGAGACUACAAUCACCAACGGUGCCAUUCGUAUUCGACGACUACGAGCAACGGUCAUUCCAAACACUCAAGACGACCAUGCUCAUGGCACCCGUCCUUAGCAUCUACGACCCCACCUUGCCAACGAGAGUCACGAUUGAUGCUUCCGGCUAUGUCAUUGGGGCAGUCUUGGAACAACACGACGGCGACGAUUGGCACCCCGUGGAGUAUUUCAGCCACAAAGUGCCUCCCAUCAACUCACUUGAUGAUGCAAGGAAGAAGGAGCUACUCGCGUUCGUGAUGGCUCACAAGCGCUGGCGGCACUUCCUCCUCGGGCGUCAUAGGUUCACAUGGGUCACUGACAACAACCCGUUGACCUACUACAAGACGCAGGAUACAAUGAGCAGCACGAUCGGGCGAUGGAUGUACUUCAUCGACCAAUUUGACUUCACACUGAAACAUCUCGUCGGCCUCUCCAAUGGCGCAGCAGAUGCACUCUCGCGAAGACCCGAUCUUUGUGCUAUGACACACCAUGCCUCUGCGUUCAACGAGGAACUCCAGCGGCACUUCAUCCGGGGCUAUGAGUCCGAUCCGGAUUUCGCCACGCUCUACGCGCUGCUAUCUUCGGAUCACCCGCCAACCAGCCAUUAUCGCAUCGUCAACGGGUACUUGCUUCUCCACUCGCAAGGCAAGGACUUAUUGUGUGUCCCAUGAGACCGUCGUCUUCGGACUCGCCUUCUCAGUAAGUACCACGACUCGCGACUUGCUGGCCAUUUCGGAGUCAAUCGUAAUAGUGCACGACUUC